GGCGACCAAAGCUUUAGUUUACAGUGUUUGUCGUAGCAUUUAACACAGGAUAGGAUUCGAUAGUUUCAAAACAAGCGGGCAAAAGAGUUGAUCAGUCAACGAUAGUCUGGGAAUCUUUAUUUAUAAUGGAGAAUUUAAAGUUGCAAGAAGAGAUAAAGGCACUGAAAGACCUGGGUCAACAUUAUGAAAGUCUGUUGAAGAUGGCUGGUGUUGAACUGCGCGAUUUUUCCAAUGAAGAUUUGUCGCUUUUGAGCAAGAGUGCACAAUUGUAUGCAGACUUGGGCGUUCACGAGUUGGAAUUAAACUAUUUAAGUGAAUUAUACUAUGGACUACAGAAAGACCGCAUAGAAAACAACCUGAUAAUCGCGCAGCAGCAAACAGAUCUGCAGCGCAUCAAGACUUCAAUCGACGAAACAUCCAAAGAUGUAGCUGUAUUGGAACGAUUUAAAUCCACGGCCGAAAAACAAUUGAUUCCUGACGGAGACGUUCAGCUGCAGAGCAGCAAUCAACUGGCUACCAAACAGGCUUUGCUCGACAGACAGAGAGCUCUCGAGAUCCCGAAGGACUUCAAUAUUGAGAGUAUUAUGCAAAAGGUUCAUUCGCUGGAGCGUAAGGAGUAAAAUGUCUGAAUUUGUUUUAUAAAAAAUUCUUUAGAUGUAUUUACUCAGUAAUGCAAAAACACUUUACAAUAAAAUAAAAUAAUCAAAUUUAAAAA